AUGUCUUGGGAGAAACGUUCCAGACUACCACGUAGAAGUCCCGUAAACGUGCAAUUGGUUCAUCACCAAACUUUCGCAGCUCAGAGAACGGUUGCCUUUUGUGUGAAGAUCACCCUCCUUACAUCAGUCGGGGAGAUACGGAGAUUCCUCACUGAUAGAUCCUUUGCCAAAGCAUGUUUUCCGCAAGCAAUAAACAUUAUGUCCUCAAGCAAGCACAGACACCUCACUCCUUGUAGAGCAUGUGGUAAUGAACGCCUACAAGAAGUUAUAAUGCUUGGAGAGGACCGCGUUUAUUUGAAUAUUCAAAACUUCUCAGCCUGCAGUGAAUUUAUAAUGCGGAGAGAUGUCCCAGGCCCCUGGUGGUGCCAACGUAUUGACCCUGUCUCUCCUUGGAGUUCAUCAUCUGGGGUCAAGUAUGCCUCCUGCUUCUUGGGCAACUCAGGAGCCUUCUUUUGCCCGUGCUCGUGCAAAAUGGAGAGGUCACUUCAUGUGGUGUGUCAGAGCAUCACACAUCAACGCGGCAGAGGACAGUCACGGGUUUUAAGCAUUCACCGAAUUGACGUAAAGUGUUGCGCCACGGGUCCUCUGUGUCGGUGGGAGGAGCAAUUUAGCUCCACUGAUCAGCUACCGCCCGCCUCAGCCAGGCAGCCCCUGGCCAAUAAGGUGCUGAUCCGUCACGUUCUAUGCGUCGAGGAGGUGAUCGGCGCAAAAGUGAACGUUAAUGACACACCUACUGAUAUGAAAUCCACAACACUCCGACUUGGAAGUUGGAACAUUCGCACACUCUGCCCUGGGUUCACAAUGGACCCCAACUGUAAUUUAGACGUGAAAGGAGCAGCGCGCAAGACUGCUUUUAUCGACCAUGAACUGCACAACCUUGCAGUGGAUAUUACCGCUCUCCAAGGAACGAGAAUAGCAGAGUCAGGCUCAAUCAGAGAAAAAAACUACACCUUCUUCUGGAGAGGUAAGGCUGAGGAAGAGCCUAGGAUUCUUGAAGUAGGCUUUGCGGUCUCAAACCAGCUAAUCAAAGAUUGCGACACUCCAAUCGGCGUGUCCGAGAGGAUCAUGACCCUCACAUUGAGGAGAAGCAGCAUCCCAGUCCAUAUCAUUUGUAUCUAUGCUCCUACCCUACCUAGCGAAGACAUUGUCAAAGACCAAUUCUACAACAGACUAGCUGAUGUGUUGGACAAAUUUCCACGAAAUGAGUGCCUUGUCCUGCUGGGCGACUUCAAUGCUCGAGUCGGCUCUGAUCACGCCACGUGGCCAGACACUAUUGGCCAUUACGGUGUAGGGAAGAUCAAUGAGAACGGCCAAAGAGUCCUCGAAUUGUGUAGUCAGCAACAGCUCUGCAUCACGAACAUCUGGUUCAAACAGAAGCUCCGACGUCGCGUCACGUGGAGACAUCCGAGAUCCAAACACUGGCACCAACUCGACCUCGCAAUCAUCCGCAAAAAAGACAUUGGCCUAGUCAAAUCCUCCAGAUCUUACCACUCUGCUGAUGGCGAUACAGACCACACUUUAGUAGUGACUCAUCUCAAACUACCAAAGUGCAAGCGUGUUCGCAGAACAAAAAUCAGACUGCAACUCAAUAUUGCCAACAUGAAACUUGCUGAAAACAUCUUCAAUUUUCAAAAAAAUUUCACGAUCAAGAUGUCCGAGUCAGCCAGCAAUGAUACCGAGAACGAGACCUCAAGCAAAAAAUGGAAAACAUUGCGCACUUCCAUGAUGGAAGCAGCUCUAGAAUCAUUUGGCAAAAGUAGGCCACCCAAAGAAGACUGGAUGGCUGAAUUUGCUAUAACUCUAGAUCCAUUACUGGAAGCAAAGUCAGAAGCACACAGAGUGCACAAUAACAGGCCUACCCGCGCUUCACACAGGGCACUACGCGCAGCUCAGAGCGAACUCCAAAGAACAUCGAGAGCCUGUGCAAACCAGUUCUGGAACACUCUGUGUGAUGAGAUACAAACUGCAGCUGAUAUGGGAAACCAACGCAAGCUAUAUCAGUGCCUCCGCAAAGCGAUCGGGCCAACAACAAAAAGGAUAUGUCCAUUGAAGUCCAAGGAUGGUACUCUUAUAGUUGACCCUGCCAUGCAGUUGGUACGCUGGGUCGAGCACUACUCUGAACUCUAUGGAGAGCCAAGGGGCAUCAGUGCUGCUGCUCUUGAAGCCACACCCAACUUGGACGUGAUGAUGGAACUCGACCAGAUCCCUACUAUAGAAGAACUAGUAAUCGCUCUGUCGCACACACCAUCUGGGAAGUCCCCAGGUGCCGACGGUAUCCCUGCUGACCUGUUGAAAUGUGAUGCCUCACUGCUGCCUCACUUGUAUGAGCUACUUUGCAAAUGUUGGCAUGAUGCUGCUUUCCCUGCCGACAUGAAAAAUGCCACCAUCGUCACACUCUACAAGCAAAAAGGCGACAAAGGUGAUUGCAACAAUUAUCGUGGGAUAUCACUUAUGAGCGUCACUGGAAAGACCUUUGCAAGAGUAUUGUUGCCAAGGCUCCAGAAAAUUGCUGACCGCAUAUACCCAGAGUCACAAUGCGGUUUCCGAAGCGGCCGAUCAACCGCUGACAUGAUAUUUUCUGUGAGACAAAUACAGGAGAAAUGCAGAGAACAAAACAGGCCACUCCAUAUGGCUUUUGUCGACCUCACUAAAGCUUUCGACAUGGUCAGUCGGGAGGGCAUGUUUGCUGUACUGCAAAAGCUGGGUUGCCCUCCAACGUUGCUCAAGCUAAUAAGAUCUUUACACGACGACAUGCAAGCAACAAUCUCCUUCGAGGGAGCUAUGUCGGAGCAUUUUGGUGUGCGCAGCGGUGUUAAACAGGGCUGCGUAUUGGCACCCACGCUAUUCGGGAUCUUCUUCUCAACACUCUUGCACCAUGCAUUUGGAAACUACAAUGACAAUGAUAACAUAUACCUUCACACAAGUCCAGAAAGUCUGCAAAGUCUUAUGGACCGAUUCAGUACCGCCUGUUCAGAUUUUUCUCUCAUCAUCAGCACCAAGAAAACUGUUGUCAUGAACUGCUCAACAACAAACAGCCCACCAAUCCCAAUCUCUGUGGAAAACCAAGAGUUAAACGUAGUUGACAAAUUCUGCUAUCUGGGCUCCACCAUCAGUACUGAUCUGACCCUCGACAGAGAGAUGGAGGUCCGCAUCGGUAAAGCAUCAACCGCCUUUAGCCGGCUGCGUGCUCGCGCCUGGAACAAUAGACUCCUGACUGAGAGAACAAAGACACGAAUCUAUGAGUCCUGCGUGCUGAGUGUACUUCUUUAUGGAUCCGAAACGUGGACCACAUACACCAGACACGAAAAGAAAUUGAACGCCUUUCACAUGCGUAACCUCCGCAGAAUCAUCGGUGUUUCUUGGAAGGACCAUGUCACCAACGAAGAAGUUCUGACCCGCACUGGAAGCCAUUCAAUGUUUUACAUCUUGAAGGCCCGGAGAAUGAGAUGGCUGGGGCACCUACGGCGGAUGAAUGACGGGCGGCUGCCAAAAGACAUCCUUUAUGGCGAGCUAAGCAGCGGGCAAAGACAGAGGGGACGGCCCGUACUGAGGUUCAAAGACUGCGCCAAGAGGGAUCUCGCGCAAAUGGGCAUCCCCUUGGACAACUGGGAAGUAACGGCGUCCGACCGUGGUGCGUGGAAAACUGCUGUCCGGGACGGAAGCAAGAAGAUUGACUCCGAUUAUCUAGAGAGUCUAAGGAGACGGCGUGUCAUAAACGUGUGCUCAAGAUUGUUUGGCUAUGCCAUGGGACUCGAGGCCGAGCUUAUACCAAAAUCUUAUCAUGUCUCAGAUUCUUGCAAUAGUUUCGAUGGCUUGGUUAACUGCCGACUUCUAAGACAUUCACGGUAUACGCAGGGAACACAAGCAUAA